UGUCUAUAGACCUCGGAGAAGUUGAGACGUUGGGGUCAUAUUCGUGUGUAUAUAUAUAUAUAUAUAUGCGCAAAAGUAGUUUACAACCUCUCCACUGGGCCAUUGGCUCUCUGGCAUCACGACGUAGUGUUCCUUUGCCACUCUGUUCCUGCUUGAACAAUUUUUCUCCUAGUAGCAACCAUGCUUAGACUCACGAACUAUCUCGCGGCUAUAGCAUGCCUUGUUCUGGCGUCGCUCCACGUAGUGUACGCCGACAACUCGGCAGGCUGCGGCAAGAGCCCGACGCUCAAGAACCAAAGCUACAAUAUGCAGGUCAACGGCAAGCAACGCCAGUACUUCAUAAAAUUGCCCGAUAACUACGACUCGAGCCACCCAUACCGACUCGUCUUCACGUGGCACCCACUGGGCGGAUCAGCCCAGGGGAUUGUCAAUGGUGCGAACCCCAGCAACGGCGGAAUACUCCCCUACUACGGCUUGUCAGCCCUCGCCAACAACAGUGCCAUCUUCGUUGUCCCCAAUGGUCUCAACGCUGGAUGGGGAAACCAAGGUGGCGAAGACAUCACCUUCUUCGAUCAGCUAGUCAAGACGGUUGAAGCUGACCUCUGUGUCAACACAAACCUCCGCUUCUCGACAGGCUUCAGCUACGGCGGCGCCAUGUCCUACGCCCUUGCUUGUGGACGUCCUAAUAUGAUCCGUGCCGUUGCCGUCCUAUCGGGUGGGCUGUUGAGUGGAUGUCAGGGUGGCACCGGUUCUGUCGCGUACUACGGCCAGCACGGCACUAGAGACUCCGUCCUCAACGUCAGCGGCGGCCGCCAGAUGCGCGACAAGUUUGUUAGCAACAACGGCUGUCAAAAACUCAGUUCCGAGCCCCAGCCCAACGGUGGCACCUCAGUCAUGACCAAGUAUACCGGCUGCAAGGAGGGUUACCCAGUGACUUGGGUCAUUCACGACGGGGAUCAUAACCCCAGCCAGGUUAACCAAGGCUCUAGCACACCGUUUGCGCCUCAGAACUCGUGGGAUUUCUUCACCCAAUUUAGCUAAAGAUAUUGGAGCUUAAGGUUUCGCUAAUCUAUCUCAAAAGCGUCGUGUGGGACACUUGAAACAACUAUGUAUAUAGGCAAGCGAAAUGUCGUAUAUAUCUCUUACGAGAAAAGCAAUCUAUCUAAGAGUAGUUAACGUGGCCCAUGAGACCCCAUUGACUAUC